ACAAUGAGGGGGAGGGGGAGGAAGAGGAGGGGGAGAGAGUGCGUGAGAUGGGUGAUGGAGUUGGGGAUGCCAGCAAUGGCACAGGCAGUCGAGAGUCAGACCCGUAUGCAGUGGAGAAAUGGGUGGAUGAUUUUGACGUGGCUAGCCUCAUGCAGGCCGUGCUGGGCGCUGACUGGCUUUCCAAGUACCGCAGCGGCAACACGGGCUAUGACAGCCUCUUGGCUGCCCCUGCUGCUGCUAUUGCUGCUGCUGGCCGAGGUGGUGGUGCUGCUGCUGGUUUCAGCGGUCCUGCUGGUGCUACGGUUGGGCAUGCUGCUGUCAGCGGUCUUGCCAGGGCGAACCCACCUUCCCAAUCUCAGCAGCAGCAGCAGCAGCAGCAGCAGCAGCAGAAGAGCUCUCCCUCUAUAACCCUGCUGCGCCUGCCUGACUUCUUAUUUGCACAGCCCGCGCCCCAAUCGGCAUCUGCACAGCAAACACCUGAAACUGUACGGGCACCUGAAACUGUACGGGCACCGGAAACUGUACCAACACCUGAAACUGUACCAGUGCCACAAGCGCCUCCAUCCUCCAUUCCACCCACCUCUAUUUCGUCCCCCGCCCCGAUCAUCCUCGCCCUUGCCCCCCCCACUCCCAACGCUCCCCCCACUCCCAACGCUCCCCCCACUCCCAACGCUCCCCCCACUCCCAACGCUCCCCCCACUCCCAACGCUCCCCCCACUCCCAACGCUCCCCCCACUCCCAACGCCCCCCCCACUCCCAACCCCCCUCCGAAUCCAAACGCCCCUCCCAAUUCCCACCUCCCCCAUCCCUCAACUCCCUCGCACACCUCUCAACCCGUCCAAACCACGGCCCCCCCGCGUCUGCGGGCACGUCGACGCUCCAAUCUACCUAUGGAAUUCCGCCGCUGCUUCGUGCUCACUCCAGGCCAAAAGCGUGCAGUUUGCCUCGUGGCUUAUUCCUUCCCGGGCCUCAAAAGCGCCACUCUUGCCGAAGCUGCCCUGCAGGCUUGGAGGAGCCCCAUGUACGAGUCUACGGUUUGGUCAUUGUUGAAGCAGAGUGAUUGGUGGAUGGAUAUUCCCAAGGGGAAGGAGGAGGAGAUGCGGAAGAGGGGGAUGCGGUGGAAUAGGAGGAAGAAGAGGUUUGAGAAGGAGGAGGGGAAUGAGGAGGAGGAUGGGAACAACGAGGAGGCGGAGGAAAGGGGGGAUGGUGAUGAUGAUAAUGAAGAUCAUGUGUUGGAGAUGGAGUCAGGCGAGGGAAAAGGAGGAGGGGGGAAGAAGAGAGUGGGCAAGGAGGAGCAGGAGCAGCAGCAGCAGCAGCAGCAGCAAGGGAGGGGGAAGAAAAGAUGGAGGGUCACAUCUGCUGGUCUUUUGUCUGACCCGUACGACCGGAAAGCUGAUCCGUACGAAUUGGAGAAGUGGGCGGAUGAUGCGGACGUCUCCAGCCUCAUGCGGACGCUCUAUGGCCCGAGCUGGCUUAGCGAAUACAUCAGGCUGCACACCCACACUGAGAGUGGCGGUACUGGUGGGGGUGGUGGGGGUGGUUGCAGCGGUCGCAGUGGUGGUGGUGCUUACCCCGCCAGAACCACCUGUGCUGCUUACCCCGCCAGAACCACCCAUGCUGCUUACCCCGACGAGACUGCCCGAUACGACGUCCCUGCCGCGAGCACGCGCAAGUCCACUCGUGCUGCUUCCUUUGGCCGACGCACUGUGCCAAGCCCUUCGGCCGAAGGUAAGAAGCUGAGAGCUGCUCGCGCUGCUGCAGCCGUCGACCCCCCUCUGCCGUCGCUUUGGGGAAGGCGGCGUGCCGAUCGCCAGGCGUCUCCAGAGCGGCAGCAAACCCCAGCAGACAGAUCGGAUAGCGGUGGGGAUAGCGAUAGUGAUGAUGGUGGGGAUGGUGCUAGUGAUGGCAGUGGUGAUUCAUGGGCGGAAGAAGAGCUCACAGGCAAUCGUUCUGCUUCUCCCAACGAUCCUAAAUCGUCUCUAAACUCACGUCUGUACACAUCUUUGUCGAGAAAUCGACAGCUGGUCAUCAAGCGGGGUGCUGGUUGGUAUGGCGGUGCUUGUGGGUCUGGUCGUGCUGGUCGGUAUGGUGGUGGUGCUGGUGGGUAUGGUGGUGGUUCUGGUCGGUAUGGUGGUGGUGCUGGUCGGUAUGGUGGUGGUGCUGGUGGGUAUGAUGGUGGUGCCGGCAUGUCUGGUGGUGCUGGUGGGUAUGGUGGGUCACAGGCAAAAGGGCUCUCUGGAAUUCGCUCUGCUUACCUCGGCGCGACUCAAAGCACGCCCCCCCCAUACACAUCGAUGCAGCAGCAGCAGCAGCAUCAGCGGCAGAGACCAAUGGGUGCUGGUGCAUCAUGGGCCGGUGACUUCUCUAACCCCCGUGGUGCUGGCCUCAACUCCCCUCUGCCCAGGUCUCGAAACACAUCAAUGCAGCAGCAGCAGCAGCAGCAGCAGAGACCAAUGGGUGCUGGUGCAUCAUGGGCCGGAGAUUUUACUAGCCCUCGUGCUGCUUGCUUCAACCCUUCUUUACCCACGUCUGCAAACACGUUCGCACAGCGGCAGCAGAGACCAAUGGGUGCUGGUGCAUCUUGGGCAGGAGACUUUUCCAGCCCUCGUGCUGCUGACAUGUCCACACAGCGGCAGCAAAGACCCUUAGGCGGUGGUGUGUCUUGGGCGGAUAACCUUACUGGCUCCCCUGGUGCUGAUCUCAACAGCCAUAUACCCACCCCUGGGUCUGCGCGUGGCAAGCGCAUGCCCAAGUGUGCGUCUAAACAGCCUCAACAGCAGCAAGGAGCAUGGGGCGGUGGGGACUGGGAGGCGGGUGCGGGUCUGUCUGGCAAUGGCUCUGAUUACCCUGACUCGCCAUUCACGUCUGUGCAACAGCUACCAAGAGCAUCAGGGGGAGGUUCUUGGGAAGAGGGAGGAGAGAGAGGGAGUGGAGGGGGAGGAGUGAGAGGAGACGGAGGAGCCGGAGGGGGGGAUGGCAGGGCUUCAGAAGACGGGGUUAGAGAAGAGGGUCGUGGGGAAGGGCGGAGAAAGGAGAGGAGGGAGAGGGAGAAGGAGAGAGUGCGAGGGAAGGAGAGACUGAGAGAGGAGGGAAGGCGAGAGGAGGGAAGACGAGAGCAGGAGAGAGUGCGCGAAAAGAGAGUGAGGGCGAAGGGUGGAGGGAGAGAGAAGGGGAGAAGAAAGGCAGAGGAACGGGCUUUGGGGAGGAAAGAGAAGUGGGGUGGGAGCGACCGAAAGAAGGUGAUAGGCGAAAAGCAUGAGGCAGCAGGGGAACCGACCAGGCUUGGGAAACCUUUUCAAGCGCCUCAGAAAGGUGGAGAGGACGGGUUGAAGGCAGAUCAAACGAAGUCAGAGAAAACGAAGACAGAUAAAACGAGGACAGAAAAAGAGCUCUUUGUAAGCUCGAGUGAGGCGGGAAUGGAUGGGUCGAAGACAGAAGCUCCUGUGAAAAAGAGGCCAGGUAAGCGAAACAUCUCCUUCCACACUGCAUGGGCCAUGCUGGUCGGUGGGGGGGCAGGGGAGGCAGCUCAGAAUACGGAUGUGCUGCUAGGCCGGGGGCCAGAUGGAGAGAAGGCCGGUGAGGAGAGAGAAGCAGGGAGACGGACAGGAGAAGGGGAAAGGGGGGAGGCACCUCAGAACACGGAUGCUUCGGUUGGUGGGGGAGCAGAAGGAGUGAAGGACGAUGAGGAGAGAGAAGUAGAGAGACUGUCAGGCGAAGAUGGGGGCGGGAAAGACCGUGAGGGGAGAGAAACAGAGAGACGGAUAGGAGGGGACAGGAGCGAGAGGGGUGGCAAUGACCUGGAGAGGGGCGGCAGUGAUCUGGAGAGGGGCGGCAGUGAUCAGGAGAGGGGCGGCAGUGAUCUGGAGAGGGGCGGCAGUGAUCAGGAGAGGGGCGGCAGUGAUCUGGAGAGGGGCGGCAGUGAUCUGGAAAAUGAUGGCAGGGAAAGGGGUGGCGGGAGAGGAGAGAGGGGUGGCCAUGGGCGCGGGAGGGGUGGCAAUGGUCGGGAGAGGAGUGGCAAUGGUCGGGAGAGGAGUGGCAAUGGGGGAGAGAGGGAUGAGAAUGGGCGGGAGAGGAGUAGCCAUGGGCAGGAAAGACGCGGCAGUAGACGACAGGCAGAGGUGAUUGAGGUCAUAGUGAAGGAAGAGGAGCAGGAGUGGAGUGGUGGUUCUAGCAGGAGUGAGAGGAGGGGUAAGAGUGAGAGGAGGGGUAAGAGUGAGAGGAGGGGUAAGGGUGAGAGGAGGAGUAAGAGUGAGCGAGAGAGAGAGAGUGAGACUGAUAGUGAUAGUGGGAGUGAGAGUGGAAGUGAGGAGGACUCAGAACAAGAUGUAGUGGAGGUGAGGCGAAGAAGGCGGAGAGGAGGGAAGAAGAAAGGCAGGAAGGGUGAGGGUGAGAGUGAGAGUGAGGAGGAUUCAGACGAAGAUGCUGUGGAGGUGAGGAGAAGAGGGAGGGGGAGGGGGGAAGGAGGAAAGAGCGGAGCCAGGAAGGUUAAGCAUAAGAGGAAUGAGAGUGAGAGUGAAAGUGGGAGUCAUAGUGAGAGUGAGAGUGAGGAGGGUUCCGAUAAAGAUGUAGUGGAGGUGAGGAGAAGAGGUAGGAGAGGAGCGAAGAGGAAAGGUAGGAAGGGUGAGAGUGAGAGUGAGAGUGAGAGUGAGAGUGAGAGUGAGGAGGAUUCAGACGAAGAUGUAGUGGAGGUGAGAAGAAGAGGGAGAAAGGGGGGGAAAGGAAGAAAGACGGGAGGCAGGAAAGAUAAGAGUGAGAGUGGAAGUGAGGGUGGAAGUGGGAGUGAUAGCGAGAGUGAGGAGGAUUCAGAUAACGAUGAACUGGAGUUGAGGAGAAGAGGGGGGAGAGGAGGAAAGAGGAGUGGCAGGAAAGGGGGGAAGAGGGGUGGGCGGAGAGGAGGAAAGAAGCGGAGGAGAGAGCGGGAGAGAGGAGGCAAGCGAAAGCGAGUCGCCGAGUUGAGUGACGAGGAUGAGGAUGAUAGUGAUUAUGACGACAGUGAUUCUGACGAUAGUGAUUCUGGCGAUAGUGAUUAUGUCAAGGAUGAGGACGUUGAGGAAGAGGAGGAAAUUCGUAACAAGAAGAGGAGGAAAUCCAUGCAUGAUGGAAAUGGCAACACCGUCUCAGGAUCAGCUGCAUUGAACAGUGGAGCAGCAGCAGCAUCUGCUGCCCUUGGCAGCAACCCGGGCCAGGCGUUUGCUCUGAUGGCGCAGGCUGCCUCACGGGCUGCAUCUGGGGCGGGCUUGCCUCUCCCGGCGUCAGUCACGCCUGAAAGGGCCGCUGCUGCUCUAGGUGCUGCCGUGGCUUCUAGGGUGGGGAUUGGUGCUGCUAGGGCAGGGAUUGGAGCUUCUAGAAGCGGGUCAACUGCUGUUGCUGGGGUGGGGGGUGCUGGUUUGGCCCAGCUUCUGAAUGCACUAAGUGCCAGUGGAGUGUUAAAUGCUGGUGGAACGCUAAACGCUGGUGGAACAAGAAACGCAGGCGUUGGUUUUGGUACUGCUAGUGGAAUGGGAGGUCAGGUUGCCGCCCAAUUGGGUCAGUUAUUGCUGCAUCAGCAGCAGCAGCAGCAGCAGCAGCAGCAGCAGCAGCAGCAGCAACGACAACAGCAGCAAACCUUCCCCCGGCAGCAGCAGCAGCUGCAAUCCCCUCAACUGCAGCAGCAGCAGCAACAGCAGCAGCAGCAACAGCAGCGACAGCAACAACAGCAGCAGCAGCAGCAGCAGCAGCAAGGUGUGCCUGGUCGUAGAGCGUUGCUUACACAGCAGCUGAAGCAGAUUCAGCGGGAGCAUCAGCAGCAGAGGCAGCACGUGGGCCGGCUGCAGGAGCAGCUGCAGAAGCUGCAGGGGGAGGCGCAGCAGUUCAUGUACCCGACCCAGCAGCAGCAGUGGCAGCAGCAGCAUCUGGAGCAGCAGCUGCAGCAGGCGCAGCGGUUUGCAGCGCAGCAGGAGGCGCGGAUGAAGCAGCUGAGGAAGCAAAUCGAAAGGAUGCACUAGCAGGUGUUUUGGACUUGGCAGCUGGGAUUCGAAGUAGCGACUGCAGGUGAGGAAGCAAAUAGAGAGGAUGUAUUAGCGGGUUCAGGUACAACAGCAGCUUGGGACGCAAAUGGAGGGAUGCAUUAGCGGGUGUUUUGGAUACAACAGCUGUGGGCAAAGGUGAGGGAGUAGAAACAGCAGGACGCGCGGACGCAGCAGCUGAGGAAGCAAAUAGAAAGGCUGCAUCAGCAGAUCAAAAGGAUGCACUACCAGGUGUCAUUGAUGCUACAGCUGUGAACACAAAUGGAGAAGCAGCAUCAGCAGCAGAGGCAGGACAUGCGGCAGUUGCAGGAGAGAACGGAGUACUGCAGUUGCUAUGGACACAGUGGAGGUUGCGGACCCUUCUGUAGCAGCAGCAGCAGUAGUGAACUGGUAAAAUGUUGGGGGCACCCAGUAGCAUCAAUGACACCUACCGGUAGGUUGCUUCUGAGUUCCUACUCCAUCAUUCCUACUGGUAGGAGUUUGUUACUUGCUGGUAGCAUACUACAUACUGGUAGGAGUUUGUUACUUGCUGCAUUAUAUAAUCAAGCAGAGGCAUUACCAUGUACAAUACAACUCCUAAUGCACU